CCCCCGCCCGCUCCCGGGAAGCGCGGGCAGGGCCCGGCCAGCGCCAGCGCCAGCGCCCGGGGGGACCCGCGGACCAGAUCCCCUCUCUGGGAUGGCCCCGGGACCUGCCGGAGAGGAGGACCCAGCAGGGAUGGCCGGGGACGGGGACUGACCCCCCAUCCAUGGCAGGGGGCAACCGCCGGGGGCUACCGGAGAGCAGCCCAGCGCCCGGGGCCCGCGCCUGUCCCUUGUCACCUCUCCACGUCCACCAGUGCCCAGGAGGCUCCCGGCCAGCUCCGGCCAUGUAGGAGCAUCCCGGGGCUCCGCCGCCGUCACCAUGCAGCAGCAGAGCUACGCGGCCGUGCUGUGUGUCCUGACCGUGCUGGGGCUGGAGGCUGCAGCGCCGGGAGAGUGCGAGCUGACCCGGCUGCUCCAGGACAAGCUGCAGUAUGAGAUGCGCCUGCAGUACAUGAAACACAACUUCCCCAUCGAUUACACACUCCACGUCCAGUAUGAAGAGGUGCUGAGGCCAUCCAACAUCUCCCGCCUGCGCACCGGGAAGGUGUCAGAGGCAGCUCUGCGGUACCUCUGGUUCCACGUCAGCUCCCAGGCCCUGCUGCGGAUCCGACGGGUGCUGCCGGAGCAGCAUCCCUCUUGGAACUACACCCGGGAGCUGGGACAGCUCUUCGAUGCCCUUGGCGAGGAGUACAGCAAGUACCAGCAGACGGACGUGGAGGCAGUGGUGGCCGACCUGGUGAAGCUGCUCCACAGCGCGGGUGCCGAGAGGCAGCUGAAGCCUGUGCGCCCCAAGGCGCUGCUGGACAACAGCCUCAGGGUGAUGCGGAUGCUCUACGGGACACCCUGUCGGUGGGAGUUCACCUAACGCUGCAGAAGCCCCCUCGCUCGAUGCCUUCUCCUUGCCCUGGAGCUUGGGAUGCUGCUUCUGCUCUGCCUCCCCCGUCCCCUGACACCCUUGGGGGGGUCCCCAAGGAGGAUGCAAGGAGGUGGGAGGGAUCCACCCCCCUCCAGGACUGUGGGGCCGCGGGGGUCGGCCCCAUCCCAACAUCCAGGCACCUUCUGGGCUGGGAGACUGGGGGGACCCCCCCUGUUUCCGGCAGCUGCCGGCUGCAGGGGGGGGGGGGGGGGAGGUAAUUCUGUAAUUCUGUCCAUCCCUGCCCCCAUGGGGGCCGGGGCAUCGCCAAUCCCGCCCCGUUCUCUCCGUGUGUAUUUUUAUUUUUAUUUUUUUUUGCCUCCGCUUUCAUUAAACACCCGUUAAUCCUC